AUGUCACUGGAAAACCUCCUCCCCCUCGAACUCAUCGACAAGUGCGUGGGCUCCCAAAUAUGGGUCAUCAUGAACAGCGGAAAGGAGUUCGUCGGUAAACUCAUUGGUUUCGACGACUACGUCAACAUGGUCCUCGAGGAGGUGACCGAGAUCGACCCCGGCGAGGGCGACAGAAAGCUAACGAAAAUCCUUCUCAACGGCAACAAUAUCUGCAUGAUGGUCCCCGGCGGAGACGGCAAGAUCGUCUUCGAGGACAAGUAG